AAGCCCGCCUAUGCCCAUCCCUCCUCUACUCUCCGCCCUAUGAGCGUGCUCCUCCGCAGCUUCUCCUCCACAGCCGCCGCCACUGCCGUUGCCGCCUCAAUAUUCAGCUCCUCCUCCUCGUCUUCCGCACUCUCCGUCGCGGCGCUCCUCAUCUCCUGCCGCUCCCUCCGCAGCCUCGAGCAGAUCCACGCCCGCAUCAUCCGCAAGGGCCUCGAGCAGCACCCGGUCCUUGCCACCCGCUUCCUUUCCUUCUGCGCCGCCUUCUCCGCCCCGGCCUACGCUUCGUCCGCCUUCGACCGUCUUUCCGCCCCCAACCUCAUCGUCUGGAAUGCCCUCCUUACCGCCCACGCUCGCCACUCUCCCCUUCCCACCACUGUCGCCCUAUUCAACCUCCUCCGCCGCCGCUCCCCCCUGCCUCCCGAUGCAUUCACCUUCCCUUCUCUCCUCUCAUCCUGUUCUCAUUCCGUGGCCCUUUCACUCGGCUCCUCUGUCCACGCCACCAUACUCCGCUGCGGCCUGGAGGCCGAUGUCUUCGUCCGGACGGCGCUCAUCGAUUUUUACGGCAAGUGCCGCGAGCUUGGCGCAGCGAGGAAGCUAUUUGAUUCCAUGCGACAUCGAAACGAGGUAUCUUGGACCGCAAUGAUCGUUGGUUACCUGAGUUCCGGCGAUCUGGCCUCCGCAAGAUCUCUUUUUGACGAAAUGCCGAAGAGAAACGUGGUAACUUGGAACGCCAUGAUCGAUGGAUACGUCAAGUCUGGGGAUUUGGUAAGUGCCCGCCAUUUUUUUGAUAAAAUGCCAGAGAGAAAUGCUGUCUCCUACACUUCGUUGAUUGAUGGUUAUGCCAAAGCUGGGGACUUGGCAUCGGCCAGGGUCUUGUUCGAGCAGUUGCCAGAACGGGAUGUGUUCUCAUGGUCAGCAAUGAUAUCAGGGUACGCUCAGAAUGGUCAGCCAGGCGCCGCCUUGAAGAUCUUUCUCGAGAUGUACAAUCAGAACAUCAAGCCUGACGAAUUUGUGGUGGUUGGGUUGAUGUCAGCAUGUUCCCAGUUGGGUAGCCUCACAUUGGCGAAAUGGGUGGACUUGUAUGUCACUCGGAGCUCGAUCGAUCUCAGCAAGGCCCAUGUCUUGGCUGCUUUGAUAGACAUGAACUCAAAGUGCGGCAACAUGGAAAGAGCUGCCAGUUUGUUUGAAUCAAUGCCGAACAAGGAUCUAAUCUCCUACUGUUCUCUGAUGCAAGGGUAUUCUCUCCAUGGUGCCGGAGACAAGGCUGUGGGGCUGUUCCGUCAGAUGCUUGAGGAAGGACUCAUGCCUGACAGUAUCACUUUCACAGUAGUCCUUGCAGCAUGCAGUCGUGCUGGGCUUGUCGAAGAAGGGAGACAGUAUUUUGACUUGAUGACGAAUGAACACCUGAUCGUUCCAUCUCCAGAUCAUUAUGCUUGCAUGGUGGAUCUUCUCGGACGGGCAGGGAGAUUAACAGAUGCCUAUGAGCUGAUCAGAUCAAUGCCUGUGGAGCCUCAUGCCGGAGCUUGGGGAGCAUUAUUAGGGGCUUGCAGACUCCAUGGUGAUAUAUCACUAGGAGAAACUAUUGCUCGAAAGCUCUUUGAAAUCGAGCCGACAAACGCAGGUAACUAUGUCUUGCUAUCAAAUAUCUAUGCGGUGGCAGAUCGGUGGGCAGAUGUAUCGGAGUUAAGGACUAUGAUGAGAGGAAAAGGGAUCAGGAAAGUGCCUGGUUAUACUUGGAUUUAGCCGUGAGACACAAUGUUCAUGGUAUCCAUUUGUUCUGGUACGGGAAUUUGCAGGACUUGGUCCAAGAAAAACUGGCGUGAGACCAGCAUUUGUGUGGCUUUGCAUGGAAUGCCUGAGCUCUUUGUGGCUGGGAAAACAAGCCUUAAUCUCCUUGUUCUGGUUACACGAAGAAUUCACUGUUGAAGGCUAAAAAAAAGCCGGCCAUGACAUGCUUCAGAACUAUCUAUUAAAAAUAUCAGCUCAGCUGACUAAUUUUGCUGAUCAUGAGAUCUUCCACAAAAGCACAUAUUGAAUGCAGGGUUUAUAAGUUCAUGCAGAUAAGGUCUCUGAAAUGGGUUGUCAUUGCUGCAUUGCUGAUGUAUGUUCACCUCAGCACUGGAAAAUGGUGGCUGCUUGAAUUCUGUCAGUUUAUGACUGAUACGUGAAGGUAUUGUAAUGUGAUAACAUUCUCGAGUUGGAUUUUGAGUACUGUAUUGGUUAAUUAGGAAAUAUUGUUCCUAAAAUGUACAAAGAGAUGUGAGCCUCUUACAAAAAAGUAAUGUAGCAGAUGAAUUGAUACACCCUUUUCAGGCGCCAAUGGGCAAAUUAAAUUCAUAUGGAAAAGUAUCCAUCACAACAUUGCACAUUC